UACACACAGCACACAAUGUUGUUGGACCGUUGGACGUAAAUCUCACUUUACAUAGUUAGGGUAUAUUUCUAAAAUCAUGCUUCAGAGUUUAUGAAUUACAAGAGUAUUGUAAUACCUGUAUACAUUAAUACUUGCUUACUGAGAUUCUUAGCGACGUGUUUCUCUGCAAUCUGCAAGUUGUCGGGGGAGGAUUAUUAGGAUAGGAUGCCCGUCGAGAGUCGCUAGGAAUUUCGAGUUGGUGGUUGGACUUUUUCAUCCCAGGAGGAUACACAUUAAUUGAGUCUCUCUAUAUAUAUAUAUAUUAGAAUGGCUACCCUCGAGGACAAGAUAUUGGGUGAAAAGUCACAGUAUUAUUGCAGUAGUUCAAGCGAAGAUGAAAAUGAAAAUGAUUCGAGCUCGGACAAGGAGGAUGAGGGCUGCCGUGAUGAUGCUCUUGGAAUGCCCACAGAGGACAAGCAAAUGACAACCACGGAUUUUUCCGAGUGGGAUGGCACCUCCAGUAAUACCGGACCAAAGGGAGUCAUAAAGGACUGGCAAAGAUUUAAACAAAUUGAGAGCGAAAGAAGGGCCGAACAAGAAAGAGAACGACUAGCUCUUAUGAAAAAGCUUACCCUUACCUGCCGCAGUGCUUUAGAGGAGGAAAGGGAAAAGAUGUUGGAAACAGAUCCCGAGUUUGCGGAGUUUAUGGCUGACGAGUUUUUACUUGAACACCAGAAACAAAGAAUGCUCGAGUUGAUGGCCAAGGCAGAAAAAUUGAGAUUUGGCAAACUUAUUACCUUGGAAAAUUCAGAGGAGUUCCUCAAAGCUAUCGAUGAGGAAGACAAAUCUGUCACCAUUAUUAUACACAUUUAUCGAAAAGACGUUUCUGGCUGUCGAGCCAUGAAUGCCAGUCUAAAAGAGCUUGCCGAAGAGUACCCCUUUGUUAAGUUUUGUAAAGUAUUAGUCUCUUCCAUCAAUGUCAGCAAACACUUUAAAAAGGAAGGUGUACCAGCUUUAUUGGCGUACAAAAAUGGCCAAGUUAUUGGAAAUUUCGUUCAUUUGACCGACAGCCUAGGAGAUGACUUCUUUACUUCGGAUGUUGAGUCUUUUUUGAUAGAGCACAGUCUGAUUCGCGAUAAAAACUGUGUUCCAGCAAUCAUCCAAAAUAACGAUGAUUCAGAAAGCGACUAAUUGAUCUCAAUGUUAUAAUAUAGAAGAACUGUAUUGUAGCAAUAUAUUCGUGUCAUUAAAAAAAUCAAACGCAUGUACUUACUCAAAAUUGAUUUUUUUAAAUAAGUAGAUAUCCAUACUUAUAUUGUAUAUGUAUUAUUCGAUUACGUACACAUAAUAUUAGUUGAUAAAAAUUUUCACUCAUUUAAUGACACUGGAAAAAAAUUUCAUUUUAUUUGUAAUUAAAGU